AUGCAAUCCAUCACCCGUUGGAUCAAUGGUCCAACACCAGAAGAGAAAGUGAGGGCGUGGAAGUCGAAAUUGAGACAAGAGGAAAGAGGCUUAGAUAGGGAGAUUGCCAAUCUGGAUCGAGCAACAGCUAAAUCAAAAGCUGAACUCAAAGCUUUGGCGAAGAGGAACGAUGCAAAGUCUGCACGUAUAUUGGCCAAGGAGCUCGUCAGGGCUAAGCAUCAACGCGAUCGAUUGAUCUCCAGUAAAGCGAGGAUGGGGAGUAUACAGAUGCAACUUCAGCAUCAGCUGUCCAUGGUCAAGGUCACCGGAGCCUUUCAGAAGAGCAGCGAGAUUAUGAAAACGACGAAUCAGCUGGUCAAGUUGCCUCAGUUGAGCGCGACGAUGAGGGAAAUGAGCAUGGAGAUGACCAAGUCCGGGAUUAUGAGCGAAAUGAUGGAAGAGACUCUGGAUACUAUAGACGAUGAUGAGAUUGAAGAGGAAGCAGACGCAGAGGUGGAGAAAGUCUUGUUCGAAUUGACGGAUGGAAAGUUGGGUCAAGCUGGAAAGGUCGGAGGCGAGCUACCGGUGAAAGAGGAGGAUGAACAGGAAGCGGCAGAGAUGCAGAAGAUGCAAAGAGAGAUGCAGGAUUUGUUGAGUAGUUGA